AUGUUCGCUUGCAGGUGUGACAAGCCUGGGCGUCGCAGUGGGGCUGGCGGGUUGCAGGCUUGGCAUCACUUAGCGAUUACCUACUGCGUUGCUCUGCUAACAGAUGAGCAUGUGAAUAUGCACUGACAAGUGUUAGAGACCCUUGGAAAAGAUGGCGGGAAGACCCCCACGAACCGGCGAACCGGGGAUGAGAGAAGAAGUUGAGAGGGCCAUUCUUUCCCGAGGAGAAGAUGGAACCAAGUGGCUUGGAGCUUGUUGACACACGAAACCAAUCCGACUGUGGAAAGGCUGGCAGAAUUGAACACCGGCACCGACGCUGUGAGGAAGCAAUAAUCCCUGCUAGAAGCGUGGGAUUUUUCACAUCACGAGGAGCUUGGGGAAUUUUCGUCUCUUGCUCCAUCAGGACACCGAAAGGGUACACUUUCUUCGCCACUUCAUCCACGACACACCCAUCUCCAGAACAAGAUCAUAGCAUCACUUCCGCCAUCACCAUGGGACAGCCAUCCUGGGAGGCGUCUCACGCCCUUGUCUAUGUGACAUAUGGGCUUUUCCUUAUCAUCGGCACAGGCGUCGCCUGGACAUUCAGAAACCAGUCCAAGGGCGAAUUCUUGGCCGGCAGCCGGACGCAGACUGCCGUCCCGCUCGCCUUGAACUUUAUCGCUUCUGGUGAGUGA